AAAUCCAGCAUUUUUUUUUACCAACCCCAAACUAUUGAACAGUAGUGAAUAACCUUUGCACUUGUGCACUCAAACACAUGGACCAGUUUUACACUCUUCAUUGUGAUCACUCUCAUUUAUUCAAAUGGACCUUGUUUCUCACUUACUCUUAAUCAAUAGAUAUUUGUGGUUUUGUGGUUGCACAAUUUCAAUACAAAUGAGACAGGAGACUCUGCAGAAGAACCUUUGGCUAGGUGAGCACUGAUUUCACCCACAAUAAAACAAAAGUUUAAGACCUUCUGGCUGUUUUUCCUCCUGUUUCCUCAUACCAUAAGGUGUGUUCAAAAACUUCCUGGUUCAAGCUAUAAAACAUAAACUAAUAGGUGCUUUAACAAUACAUGUGCUUAUGUGUAUCUGAUAACUCAGUUUAGCUCCAAACAGAAACUGUUGGCUGCAAAGUCAUCGCUGAUUUGAACUGAUGACUUUUGAUAUCAGAUUGGAUAAUUAUUUCAAGCUUUGCACAUAUUUGUUCACCGGACAAGACAUGCAGGUGGGUCUGCUUGAAACAAUGUUGAGAACUGCAGUUUUAUGAGUGUCAAAUGAUUAAUCUCAGACCUUCCACUCCCAGUGCACUGUGUGGGCUAUAAAGACUUACACAUUCUCAUGAUGUGUUUGAGGAAAUGGGAAGUUACAGGAAAUGUUAAAAUAGUAACUCAAGGCAUAAUGCUAACUUCUGUGAUGAAGACAGUGACUCACUCCACGUGCAUGUGUAUCUAGGGAGCGAAAUCAGACGAUACAAAAACACAGAUGACACUUGAUAGAAAACCACACAUCACUGAAUCUCUCUAGUGAUGACCGAGUGGAGCCACGGUACUACAUACAUACUCAAAGGAGAAAGUGAGGGAUCAACAACACUUGCAACAGAGAAAGCAAUGGCGGGUCUGGAAAAGAAUUCAACUGACUGUCUUCCUAUUGACGACUACGUAAAGACUUAUUAUCUGCCAGUGAUGUACAGCAUCAUUUCUGUAGUUGGAUUUAUGGGAAACUUACUGGCAAUUGUCAUAUACCUGGCAAAACUAAGGCCAUGGAGGAGCAGCAGCAUUAUAAUGGUGAAUCUGGCAGUAUCUGAUCUGCUGUAUGCGUUGAGUUUACCUGUGUUGGUCCAGUUUUACAUUACCAGAAACUGGAUCUUUGGAGAGUUCAUGUGCCGUUUCAUUCGCUUCUGCUUCUACUACAACCUCUACGGCAGUAUCCUCUUCCUAACCUGCCUCAGCGUCUUCCGUUACAUUGCAGUGGUGUACCCGCUGAAGGCUGCUGAGAUUCGGAGGAAAAGAUGGGGCACUUUGGCUUGUCUGGCAGUAUGGGCCGUUUCCCUGGUGGAAAUUGGCCCAAUGCUGGGGAUGAUUACAGUACAACAGAAGGACAACUUGACAAAAUGCCUUGAUUUCGCCAGUAAUGAUCCACAGGUGGUGUGGUGGUAUGGUUGGAUACUCACAGUGUUUGGAUAUGUAUUGCCAUUGCUGGUGGUGUGCUGGAACUACACGCACAUUGCAGGCUCUCUGGGCAGCAUCGUAUCCAGAAACAGGCCGAGUCGUUCCAGAGUUCGCAUGCUUUCCAUUCUGAUUCUGGUCGUGUUUGUGCUGUGCUUCUUGCCAUAUCAUAUCAUGCGUUUGCUGAGGGUGGAUAGCCUGCGCAGAACUGAUGUGUCAUGCAUUCAGAGGAGAGGCAUCCACGCAGCCUACAUAUUGUCACGACCCCUGGCUGGCCUCAAUACCUUCUUCAACCUAGCACUUUAUACAUUGGCGGACAAGUUUCAACAGGCUUUCUGGAGCUUUGUGCAUGGGAAGGAGCGCACAAGCAGCACAAUAUCUGUAAUCCACUCUCCAAACAUGUCAAAAACAGACUUUCUGAAGAUCUGAUACAUUAAGUGUCUAUAUAUUAUGUAGUGUGUGCAUACUGUGUAUGUACUAUAUAUAAACACACUAUAAAAAAGUUUGGGGUUGGUGAGAUUUUUUUAAAGCUUUUUUUGGUUUAAGUCUUAUGCUUUUAUGCUAAAAAAAAAAAGGAUUCAUUUCUUUGAAAAGAAAACUCUGAUUGACCCCAAACAUUGUGUAAAUAUGGAUAUUAAUUCUGGUAUAAUUUUACAGAGACUCGUACAAAAUGUAAAAUAGUGGAUAAUAGCAUUUUAACUGCUGUAUUACUGCUGCUUUAUCUUGUACUGUAAAUAUUAUUAAAAAAAUUUAAUGAAAAUAUAUAUUACUGUCCAACAAUUAAUAAGUAAUAUAUAAAAACUAUUAAAUUGUUACAUAUUCAUUGUUAAAUAAAUAUCUAAAUUAUUAAAAUGUGUACAUAUAUAUAUAAGACCCCAAGAAAAAAUCUAUUUAAAGGUACAAAAAUAUUUAUGUAUGUUUUACUUGAAACACUUAAUCUAGAAAUAAUUCUGGGUCAUUUGGGCAAGAAGCUUUUCUAUUCAUUUAAAAAGUUUCUCCACUCUUGGGAAAUCUUAUUCUGCACCACUCCACGGAUGAGUGGCCACACAAAACAAGACAUCCUUUGAUUACCUGAAUGACUAAUAAUCUUCACAGACAAGGAAACACACUGGUAUUUAUGGGGAGCUAUUUAAAUCCCAGAAGUACUACUGUAGACAUUAGAUUGGCUAUUACUUUACAGUAAGGAAGUAUUACUACUUGAGCAAUCAACAGUGAACAUUGCUCUCUGAUGUUAAGAUGUUUUGCUCCAUUGUAAUGUUUGUGAGGACUCUCAAAACCUUCUUUAAUGAGCUCCUUUUAAAAGGCAGAAGACUUCAUACAUAAAGGACAAUGGUAUGGAAAUGAACAAAGCACAUCCUUUGUACACAAGCAUCUGCUGUUGUUUGUUCAGCUCAUCAUAUCAGUUGUGUUGACUCAAUGUACCCACUCACAUGCAACCUGCAUUACGUGCCACUGACUGAAUCUUUUUCAAAGGAUUUGAGUCCCUGAGAUCAAGAGAAUUAAAAUCCCCUCCACUAUCUUAGGCAUGCAAUGGUAUUACCAUGUUUGGACUUAUGCUUCUACUAUGGUAAUAUCAUUGCAUUUUUUGAAGAGAUUAGUAUGGAUGACAAAUAGUUUGUACUGUAGAAUACUGGUUUUUGUUGAUGACUAAAAUAAAAAUCUCAAACAGGAAUUUUGAAACUGUGAUUUACACUUAAGUUGCUAGAAAGGUGCUAAAAAAGAUUGUCCAGGCAGGCACGAGCUGGACAGUCAAACAAAUUUCCUUCUAGUAGUUUGGAUUUAGCAACAGUUCUUUUAAAGCACACAAUAGUUUUGAAAUUCCUAUCUAUAUGUUUAACUUAUGCUGUAAAAUGAAACGUGAAUGUUAACACUGACCUUACCCAUAAAACAAAAAUGGCAUAUAAAUAUUCCUAAAGAAAUGCUAGCCUAAUUAGCAAAUUGACCUUGUGACUAAACAGCUCUAUUGUG